AUGGAGUUCACAUUGAAUGGAGGCGGAAGUUUUGUCGACACAACACCGCACGUCACUUCAUUCAUCGCAAAAGCAGACCCUUCCCACGUACCGAUAGUCUAUGUAUUUGUGGCGUCCGCAUUGUGCCUCUUAUUUUAUCGCUACAAGUCUAUUUCUAGCUCGAGACACACCGCCCCAUUAAUCAACCCUAAGCGGCCAUUCGAGCUCACGAACGAGCGGCCUCGAAGGGAAUUCAUCGCAAACUGCAGGAGCAUUAUUCACUCGUGGUUUAAGUCACACCCAAACAAGCCGGCGCGUGUCAAUGGGGAUAUCGGUGAAUAUACCAUUUUACCCCCCAGCAUGAUUGUUGAGGUCGAUAAGGAACAUUUGGUAUCCUUGACACGGUGGAGCUACAAAUAUUUUCAUGCGAACAUCCCAGGGUUUGAGGCAUUCUUGGAAGGUUCCAACGACAACCAAGUUGUGAGGAAUGUUAUCCUUAAAUUUCUGACCACCAAGAACCUCGCCAAGGUCACAGAGCCUCUUAAAGAAGAGGUCGGUUUAGCUCUGUCGGACCUCUUUACUGAGGACAAAGAAUGGCAUUCUGUUCCUUUACGGCCAACGGUCGCGCGCCUGGUCGCUCGGAUGGCAUUCCGUGUCUUCCUCGGCGAGCCCCUCUGCCGAGAUGAGGCCUGGCUGAAAAUCGCAACUGAGUACGCCACGACUGGAUGGCAGGCAGCGAAUGAACUACGCGACUGGCCCGAGAUCCUCCGCCCUUAUGUGCACUGGUUCUUGCCAAUGUGCACCGCGGCGAGAGCCCAAGUGAAAGCGGCACGCGACAUCAUCUCGCCACAUGUAGAGAAGCGCCGUGAACUUCGAUCCCAGGGGCAUAAGUUCAACGAUGCUCUGGAGUGGUUCGAGGAAGCCUCCAAGGGUGCACCAUACGACCCUGUCAUUAUACAAUUAAUUUUGUCCCUGGCGGCUUUGCACGGUACCACGGACUUGAUAUGUCAGGUCAUGACCCAGAUCGCAAAGCACCCAGAGAUGGUGGGACCGCUGCGCGAGGAGUUUCUCGCAGUGAUUAAAGCCAGCGGAUUGACACAGAACGGACUUACUCAGAUGAAGUUACUCGACAGCUUCAUCAAAGAAUGUCAGAGAGUAAAGCCUAUUCACAGUGCAACUAUGCGACGGGUAGCUCUCCAAGACCUACAUCUAUCUGACGGCACAGUCAUCCCCAAGGGAGGCAUGCUGGCCGUAUCGACACAUCGGUUCUGGGACCCAAGCGUUCAUGCUAAUCCUGAUGUAUUCGACGCAUAUCGGUGGUUAAGGAUGGGCGAACAGCCCGGUAAGACAAACUUUGCACAGCUAAUCAGCACGAGCCCGGAUCACCUUGGCUUCAGUCAUGGGCUGCAUGCCUGCCCCGGCCGGUUCUUUGCAGCCAAGGAAGUAAAAGUUGCUAUCAUUCACUUGCUGUCUAAGUAUGAGUGGAAGACUCCAGAUGAUUGGGUGGAGACAAACCCUGAAAACUCGUUCAAUAUAGCGACAGAUCCGUGGCUCAAAAUUCAGAUACGUAGACGAGAGGACAAGAUUACAGUCUAG